GCGGAAUGUUCUGGGCAACUGACAGCGAAUCCCUGGAAUACCGCUUCCGCCGAAGCCUGCGUUAUGUUAUCAAGGACCACGUUCAUUCUUGAUCUUCACUGAAAACUACUGUCUGUGGCUGCAUUCCGUUAAAAUGCAGACCCUAACACCACACGUGUAUUGGGCUCAGCGGCAUAGCGAAAUUUACCUGCGAGUGGAGCUGAGUGACGCUCAGAAUCUCGACCUUAGCAUACAGGACAAUGUCCUUUACUUUAAAGCCCAGGGUCAUGGUGCAAAAGGAGACAAUGAGUAUGAGUUCAGCUUGGAGUUUCUGGAGCCAGUGAAGCCAGAGGUAACUCAUAAGUCCACACAGCGCCAGGUGAACAUUACAGUUAAAAAGCAAGAGUGUUCCUGGUGGGACAGGUUGACGAUGCAGGAGCGCAAGCCAGUCUUCCUGGCCCCAGACUUUGACCGCUGGCUGGAUGAGUCUGACGCCGAGAUGGAGCUUCGUGCUAAAGAGGAGAAAAUAAACAAGGUCAGCAUUGAGUCAAGGAUUCCUAAAGAUCCAUUCCUGAACCUGAAGAAGGGCUAUCUGUUUAUGUACAACCUGGUUCAGUUCCUGGGCUUCUCUUGGAUCUUUGUCAACAUGACUGUGCGCCUCUUCAUACUGCAGGAAGAUUCCUUCUACGACACAUUCCACACCAUUGCUGACAUGAUGUACUUUUGUCAGAUAUUGGCUGUGGCAGAAGUGAUUAACCCUGCCUUGGGCCUGGUCAAGACUGGGGUCAUCCCUGCCCUAAUUCAGGUGGUGGGGAGAAACGUCAUCCUCUUCGUCAUCUUUGGGAGCCUGGAGGAGAUGCAGAACAAGGCUGUGGUGUUCUUCGUAUUCUACCUGUGGAGCAUCAUUGAGAUCUUCAGGUACCCAUACUACAUGCUUGCCUGCAUUGACACGCAGUGGAAGAUGCUCACCUGGCUGAGGUACACCAUCUGGAUGCCCCUGUACCCACUGGGAGUGCUGGCAGAGGCGGUGGCCGUUAUCCAGUCUCUGCCUAUUUUCGACGAGACGCGUCUGUACAGCAUUCCUCUGCCCAAAGCCUUAGGCCAGUCCCUCAGCUUCUCCUACAUCCUGCAGAUCUACCUGGUGCUCAUGUUCCUGGGCCUCUUCGUCAACUUCCGCCAUCUCUACAAGCAGAGGCGACGACGAUUCCGCUCCAAGAAGAGAAAGGCCAACUGAGAAGCCCAGCAUCCUCAGAUCACCAGGAGGUCCCUUUCCACUGCUGGCUGCCUUCCCUUUGUCAACACAGCAAUCAUUACCCUUCUCCAGCUUGUACCCUGACCCCACCCCCACUGUAGCGCACUCAGAUAUCAUAGGACCUCCUCUUAAAAGCCAACACAAGUGCAUUCUUUUUUUUUUUUUUUUUUAAACACAUCUCUGUGCAUGAGUCAAAAUAUGAAAAAAAUAUUUGAUAGAUACUGAUAGAGGAGGCUGUAAAGUACCACAAGUCUCCCUCAUUUAAGCACAACAAAUGCUACUCUAUUCAAAAUGUAGCUUAGUGGGCUCACCUCACCUUGUACUGCAGCUGCUGUCUGCACCCCCUGUCCUGCUCCUGUUCCACUGUAACCUACAGCCUUCGCAACAUUGUGGGUUGUACACCCCCCCCCAGUCACGUCACCCAGCUUCACAGCCGUGCAGGCCAUAGUAAGGGCAUUCCACAGUCAUCCUGACAAACAAGAUGGGGGUCCUCUUUUCUGUCAUCAUGCCCCUAUGAGUCACACAAGGAGCGUAUUCUAGUAAAAGACUUCCUCUCAUUCACAAAACAAAUGCGGUACUUUAAAUGAAGGGAUACGGUAAAAAUAUUUUUAAGCAUUGCAUUGUCAUUUUACUUUCUGAUUUUUUUUUCAACUAUGAUUUUAGUUGAAACAGGCUCAGAUCUACAGUAAAGAUGUCAAUGCCGUGAUAUUACAAACAUGACAGUAUUCUAUAUUGCCCUAAAGCAAAUUUCGUUAGGCCCAGAUAGGCUCUGGGAUCACUCAGUAAGGAGAGCAGGGGAAAGGACAGGUGUAGAGGAGCAUUAAGACAUGGCACAGGGCUUAUGCACACAACUAGGGGUGUAAAUCUCAGCUUUCACCACAACAGGAUACGAUUUUGAUUCUUAAGGCAAGGUUCGAUAUUUGGCAAUAUCACAAAUUCUGCUACAAUAUAAUCCAAAACGAUCUGAUAAGCAAGAAGCAAUCUGGAUCGAUGUAUCGUUACACCCCUAUGCGCAACCUGGUUUUUUCUUAGUGGAAGGCCUCAUAGCAAGCAAUACCAUAAAAAACCAAUGGUAAUUAACUUAACAUAUUAACUUUUGAGUUAUUCAGUUAACGGUGCUUACCAGUACUAUCCUUACUGGGGUACUGACUAAAUGUUGUUUUUGGUUGAACUGUUUUUUAUUUUUGAAUUAUUGUUAUUUGUUAAGCAUUGCACUAUUUUUUCUCUGAAAACUUGUGAAGAACAUAUAUGGUUUGAUCUAUUACUGUGUUGGCCAUUGCAUCUGUUCCGAAACGUUAUGUUACCAGUUGCUUGAAUCCAUUUCCCUUAUCUCUCCUUGUAUGAUAGAGGCAGCGCUUGGAAAAUAACAUUGAACACAUUCCGUACAUGCACGUCAACCCAAGGCAGUUUUGAAGCAAACCAUCGUGGAGUUUUCAAUUGCUUUCCAGUGAGGCAGGACCAAAGUAUAGGCAAUCUUAACUGUACAUUUCAGCCUCUCGUUUCUACAGUGUGUGCCGACAAUGAUGCGUGUGUCGGGACGGUUUAUUUCAGUUGUGGGAGCAGGGAACUUCCCCAUCCGGCUGAUCAGGAGGAAUCACUUCCUGUCAAACACCAAUCCCUGGACAGAUUUCUCCCUGAAUGUACCCUAGUAAUAAUAAUAAAGGGCAGGUUACCAGGAACCUCAGGGAAAGCAGGCAUUUUAAACAAGACUGAAGAAAACACUGGAACCUUGUUUCAUGUCUUUACACCAGUAUAUGAUGGCAGACGAUAACUGAAUGGCACAAAUGGUUUGAAGAUUAUUGUAUUACUGGCAAAGAAAUAAACAUUUGAUGAAGAA